CCGUCUUCCUCUUCGAAAUACUUAGGAUUGAAAUGGAAGUUUCAAAGAGAUCAGUAAUGGCGAUGAGAACGAAAUUAAAGCAAGCAUCUUUGUUGUGGGUAUUGGGUUUUGGGCAAGCCUGUUGUCUUCACAGAGUUGUCAUUCUUUGUGUCAGGUCGAGAAAGCUUUUGAUUAGAACAGGGCAGUGUUUUCUAUUGAAUGGAUUCAUAUUCUUAGGAAGUCUAUUUGUCUUGAAAUCUGUUGUCAUCCCAGUGCUAGAAGGGAUGUUACCUGAUCAGUGCUCAGAGAAUAGUUCUCAAGAACUCUCCUUAUUUGCUGGUAUUUUAAAAUUUUAUUCCUACUUGCGAGCUGGACUUAUACAACUCUUUUAUGUAAGUAUGCAAUUAAUGAACUCAUAUUCUACUUCUAUAAGUUCUUUUAUGUAGUCUCUCCUACUUGGCCUGCGUGAUGGAAUUCAGUUAGCUUGAAUAUUAGGAUUACCUGUGAAUGAAAUAUUAUUGUACUGGAGUUGCCCAGUGACUUUCAAUAUGUUAGGACCAAGAGGUUUCUGUUACACAACUUGUUGAAAAGGCUUCAGAAAUUACACAAAACACCUUUUUUUUCCCUUUUUUUUUUUUUCUGUGGUUUUGCUCCUAAUCAGAAAAAAUUCAGUUUCUGUACACUGUAUAUAAUCACUUUUUUUUAAUAAUCAAUUGCAGAUAUUUUGGUUCUAUCCCCUGUACGUCUUUAGCUUUGUUCUCAGCAGUAUCUGGUAUAAUGACAUUGCAAAGCUUGGUUUUGAUGCAAUGAGGGAUCCUGAGCCUUCUUCAGUAGAACCCUCAAAACAAAGUGACACAUUGAUCUUAGAAAAUAAAGGGCAGACAGAAAGGCCAAGUGGCCUUGGAGGAGUCUUGAUUGGUAUAGGGGAGCAGGUCUACCCAAUACUUCUUUUGAUCUUCUUUUUCCUAGAGGUUUCUGCCAUAGGAUUUAUACCAUUUGUUGGAAAGGCACUCAAUUUCCUACUUCUUUCAUGGAUGUAUGCCUACUAUUGUUUUGAGUAUGUCGUGAAUAUGCGUCUACUUUUAACCUUCUUUUAUUCUUGCUUUUAUAUUGGCAAUGGCUUGAAGGCUCUUAAAUUUCAUCAUAGGUAUAAGUGGAACUUUUCUGAAGUAAGUCUUGGCAACAGGCUGAUUUUCUUUGAAUCUAACUGGGCAUUCUUUGCUGGUUUUGGUAAUUGUGUCUAACUUGAGUUUUUCCCUCCAUUUCAUUUGUAUGCCAUGCAAACUUUCCAAAUAAAUUUUUUAUCGUUUUCCUACCUUUUAUAUUUGGGGCUGCUGUAACAUCUUCAACACCAUUAAUAUAUAACAGGAAGCCCUUGUGUUCUGGCUAUUUUCUUUGUCUCUCCUCUCGUGAGCAAUGGGAUAAUGGCUAUUCUCUUUCCACUAGUAUGUCUUAACAGAUCCUUCUCUCCUCAGUCGUAAGACUUAUCAAUUUUUUUCUCUGAGAAGUUUGGUGGCCAUAACGUACAUGUCUUUCAGUUUGUUCUUGCUGCAACAGGAUCAUCAGCAGAGCAAGUAAUUUCAAACCAAAAGAGGAAGUGGGGCAGUUCAGAGCUGGGAAGGCUUCCUGUAUUUUUUGCUGCAAAUAGUUUGUCAUUGUGGGUAUUGUCUUUCAUCCCCCUGGAAUCUCAGGAGAGAACUCAAGACAAGAAGGUGCUCUAAACAAAUUCUGGCUCAAUCCUCGUACAAUUUAGCAACAGAUCAGUUUACCAGCAUUUCACAGACGACAUUGUACCAGAAAUUUCAGUCAGUAUAUCUUCGAGGUAAAAACGCUAUCUAAGAAACCAUCUUGUAUCAUGUACAUAAACAGCAUCACCUCCUCAGUCUUCCUUUUUCCCCUCCACUGGGAAAGCAUGUACAGCUCCAUGAUCAUUCUUCAACCAAUACAUCAUGUCUGUGUCUAUAAGGUUGUCCGUGAACUAUACAGUUGACUUAACAAGAAGAGAGUGCUGUAAGCUAUGCUGAAAAUGCUAUAUUUUGAAUUCUUCCAUUUUUCUUUUCAAAUGCAAGAAAUUCUUACUGGACUU